ACCAUAGCUACCUUGAGAAAAAGAAAAAUACUAAAGACUAAGGACUGCCGUUCAUGACAAGAAUGACACUAUUUGUUUCCCUGCUGUUCUUAGACUUUCAAGAAAGAACGAGAAAGCAAAUGGAAGUAAACAACAAAAAUCAAUGUUUUCUUCUGUCUAAUGGAUGUGCGUAAAUAUGGAACACAGAAAUAUAAUAAUAUAAUGGAAAAUGAGUAAAUAAAUUGUUAAGAGAAAACCAUGGAACGAAGCAAAAUCAUCAUUGUUCUUCCCGCUCAAUUGUUGCAACUUUCAAAAGCAGCUUCUUGUAUCUCCCCUUAGUCCCCUAUAUAUAUAGCUUUUGGCUUCACUAGUUUCUCCUUAACUCUCCACUUCUCACAAACUCAAAAUCCUCAAUGGAGAUAAAAAACCACAAAGAGGGUACUCAUGAAGAAGAACAAUGUUCGAUUUCUAAUAUAAUUUCUUCGUUUUGUUCAGAAAAUCAUAAUGAAUUAAACCCAUUGCAAGAGAUAUUCGGUGCUCACUCGAGUUCAAAGCCGGAAGAUGUUACCAAAAACAGUGAUCAUGAGAAACACGGCGAGGAGCAAGACGAGGAAAGUUACCGUAUGGCUAAACGGCAACGUUCCAUGGAAUAUCGUAUGAUGAUGGAGAAGAAAAGACGAAAGGAGAUUAACAAUAAAGUAGAUAUUUUGCAGGGGAUGAUGCCUAAUCGUUCCCCAAAGCCCGACCUUGCAUCGAAGCUUGAACACAUCAUUGAAUACAUUAAAAGUUUAAAAUAUCAAGUAGAUGUUAUGUAUAUGGCAUACACAGCAACUCCGGUUUACACAUCACCAUUUUAUGCAGCAGCUCAAGCACCAUGUAUGUCGCCUUGGGGCUAUUAUACGCCAGGAGUUCCAAUGAUGCCUCAGCAAAACAUGACCUAUAUCCCGCAAUAUCAUCAGGUAUAUGAGACAGCGCCGCCAAAUCAAACUCAUCCUUAAAACAAGCUUUAGCUAUGUGGCUCUUUAAGACCAUCCUGCUUUAGACUCGUUUCUGUUUAUAUAGAAUGUAUUUGUAAACUAAGAUAUGUACAUAGAUAUAUAUACAUACAUAAAGGACAAGUUACUUUCAUGUGUAAAGUUUAGUUUGAUGCCACAAUAUGUAAAAAUACUUGUUUUCUAUGUUCUGUUUGUUGAGCGUUGGUCCUCUGUUAUGUUCUGUUUUGCUCAACCUUUUUCUUUGUUGUAAGUUAAAUAAAACAUAACAAAGAUGUUAAGUUACGUGUGAUGGUACGUUUGUCCAAAAAAUUACUACAAC